AUAGCUGUAUGAGUGUAUACUGUACACACCGGAAACCUGUAGCACACUGACAGCCAACAGCAGAGCACCUGGGACACACAGCGAGCCUUUAUGGAAACGCAAAGGAAAAAUAUGACGGAAACAGAUAUAAACAGCCCUAAAUUGGAAAGGAAAGAAAGAGGGAAAUUUUCUUCUUUAAACAAGCAAGAGGCUAAACUGAUACUGGAAACUUAUAUAAAAAGGAGUUUCAGCAAUCGAGAAACAAAGAGGACUGUGGAAAAGAGAGAAAGGAGACAUGAUAGAGUGCAGCGAUCAGUCACUGACCUCACUAAGUUUAAACAAAGACUACGGGAGAAUAAUAUACCUGUAGUUACCAAAGCAGAAGUACAGGAGACAGAGAAGAAAGAUGUGGGUAAUACCAACAAGCCAUCAGAAUCUCAAGAGACGGUCCAGAACCAUCAGCCUGCCAGCAUGGCCAACGUUAAACCUGCCAAAAAGUCAUGGUUCAGGAACCUAAUGAGUCAACUCUUUAGUAAAAAGGAACAUCCUUCCGAACAAACGGCCUCAGUGGUUAGUUCUGCCAAGCCUGAGACUGAUGGGCAUUUAACACACACUUCAAGAAAAGCCAGCUCUAAAAAAAAUAGCAUUCGAAGGGCGCUUUCUUUAAAGAAGAAUGUUUCAGAAGAACACACAAAGUUGAAACGACCCGACUACCUUCCACUGAAACGCAUCAAUAAGCUAUCAUCGACUAAACAACGAGAAAAGCAUGGAGACUGUUAUUAUCAACAAAUGUCUGCGGAGAUCGAACUGCUUGUGAAUGAUACAGAGAGUACAAGAAAGCCAAACCUGGGCGAAGAGUUAAAUGAUGGAGAAACAAAGGGAAUUGAUGAUGUGAUAAAGCUUAUUGUUUCCAUACUUCAAAAAGAAGGAGAUGCCUAUGACAGAAAGAUAAAAGAAGAUUCCACCCUCAACAGCUUCUUUCGGAACAUCUCUUACAAUUCCUUUAAGCAACUUGCAGAUGUCUAUGUUGAUAAAAAGAUGCAAAAAAGCGGCUCAGCUGAAACACCCGAGGACGUGAAGUUUGCAUUCUCCAUUCACUUUACAAAACAAGUUGCUGGAAUCGCUACCCAUCCUGUAAACAGAAUAAUGGGUUUUGGAAAUCAGUAUCUACAAGACACCUUUACGUGGUUAUCACAGAGUCGAGAAAAUUUGAAUAAUGAUGUUGAAACAGAGAGAUGCAUCAGUCCAGACUGAAGAAGGCACACUGUACAUGGGAACAGUCCUUGAUGUUGGCGCGUGGCAGCCAUGAUCAGUCAUAUAUUUACACUGUGAAGCACCUUGAGAUAUGACGAUGCUAUGCAAAUCAAUAGUAAUAUAUAACAGUCACACUUUUUGUGACUCUAUCUUCAUUUCCUUUAAAAACUUGCAUUACUGCUGGUUCAGUAAUAUUUUUUUUAAGCCUAUAUGUUUACAUAAAUGGAAUAUUCAGGGAAACAAGAACUACAAGGAUCCAAAUGGAGAAAGUGAAUAAGCACCAGGCAGGGAGCUCUGGUCCAGGGCCAUUAAGACAUGGCCCUAUUUGCUUCUAUUGAAUGUUUACAUUAUACAU